CAUAACGAAUUCACCUUUAUUCCGUUUAGCUGUUCUAACGAGAUUUCAAACGUUUAUUAUUUAGUGUUAUUUUAAGUGAAAGUUUUUAUCAAUAACAUGUGUUCUAAAAAAUUAUUGUGCUACAUUACCAUUGGUUUGCUAAUCAUGGGAAUGUUUAUGGAUGAAGUUGAAGCCAGGCGUAAGAUUCUAAAAGGACGAAAGACAAUUACAAGACAUUAUUACUGGGGAACCGCAAUACCAGCAUGGUCUAUAGUACUUCUAAUAGGAAUCAGUUUGCUGCUCGCUGGUGGUGGACUUUACGCCAUAUUACAAAAAUUCGUAGUUGACAAUGCCGAUGUUGGAGAAAGCCAUUCGUAUCAACCCGCAUUGCAACACGAAGCAUGAACUUAAACAUUUAAACACAUCAAAUGGCAUUUGUCAUCUCAUUUUUUAUCCUUUAACAUAAAUAUAAUGAGAGCAUUAAAACAUUUUCACAAAAAACAUUUCUUAUGAACACAGUGACAAUGUAUUAUUUAUUUUUAUGACUUCUAUUUUGACAAUAGUCUAAUAUGUAUUUCAGUCUCACUAAUAAAUUAGUGAAUGACGUCAUCGUAUAAUUGUA